AUGGACACGGCACGGGUCAACGUCUCCAUCCUUGUGCAGCUCGUCUCGUGGCCCACCACCAAGCUCAUCCAUGCCCUCCGUUUCCUCCUUUCGCCACUACUACAUGCAAUCGUCUUCGUGCUGUCACCAAUAUGGAUACUCGCCCGCUUUCUGCUUCUUCCCUUCCUACAUCUUGCAAAGCGCCUGUUCCACGUCAUCACGUUACCGCUACAGCUGAAAUGGCUCGAGCGGAUUGAGACAAUCUACAUCUACCUCGGAACUGCCGGCCUCAUAGGGUGCAUGACGGGCGCUAUCCUCUACCUCAUCUUCAGCUUUCUGUCCUCCUCCCUCAGCAUCGACACUGCCUCUCAAGCCAACCCUCCCAAGCGCCGUACUACUGCCGAUUUCAGAGCUGCCCGGCGCCACAAGCAGGAACCGACACUAGAUCCCGCGCCUCCUACUCAACCUGUACUGGACAAGGCUCCCGGACCCCGCAGGCGUGGCCUCUUGUCGCAAACCAUUGUCGACGAGGACGACUCGGAUUUCUGA